AUGUCUGGACUUUUCCCAGCUGUACUCGCUCAAUUAAAAGAGAAGUUCUCGGAUUUGGUGAUCCUCACACCUGGGUCGCCUGAAUAUGAGGAGAGUAUGCUGAGGUGGAAUAUCGCUGCUGAACACAAAGCCGGCGCAGUGAUCUAUCCUGUCUCAACACAGGAUGUCUCCAAUAUUCUUAGCUUUGCUCGUGCCAACUCCAUUGAGCUUGCAGUUUGUGGCGCUGGUCACAAUCACCGCGGCAACUCGGUUGAUGAUGGACUGAUUGUCGAUCUCAGGAAAUUGACUGGAGUCUCAGUUAACCCACUUAGCAAGCGGGUCACGACGGAAGGUGCAACCGUCUGGGGGUCGGUCUAUGAGGCUGCAGGAAAGCACGGCCUUGCUGUGGUGGGAGGUCUCAUCCCCUCGGUCGGUGUUGGCGGCUUUACCUUAAACGGAGGAUUGGGCUGGCUGACGAGUGCUCACGGGGUGGCUCUGGAUAAUCUGAUUGAGGCUGAUGUUGUACUAGCUGAUGGGAGGAUCUUGACAUGCUCAAAGAAAGAGAAUGAGGACCUCUUCUGGGCAAUAAGGGGUGCAGGCUCAGCCUUCGGCAUCGUAACCAGAUUUGUCUUUCAGGCCCACGAAAUAAACACUAAGGUUUGGACUGGGAUGAUGAUGUUUGAACCGAGCCACCUGAAAGGCGUGGUUGACAUGGCCAAUAAAGUCACUUCCGAGGGAAACGAUGGAACUGCAUCAAUGGCCUUUGCCAUAUUUGCUUGUAGCGGUGAGCUGGAGGUUCACGUGCUUGUCUUUUAUAACGGUUCCGAAGAAGAAGCAAAGACGUACUUUGCACCCUUAUUGGAGUUGCCCCGGAAAGUCGAUUUGGUUCAAAUGGUUCCAUUUUCUCAGGCAACUAUGCCUCAUGGAUCCGCCCCAGGUCGACAGUGGAGAAAGGUUACCGCAGGAGGUUGUCUCAUCGUACCUUUAGAUCACUCUUUCAUCCAGAGUAUCAUGGAUGACCUCGAGGAGUUGGUCACGAAGAUCCCGGACGCCCUGGAAACAAUAUUUGCGUGCGAGAUGCAUAAUCCUUACGCUACAAUGAGGGAAAAACAGACCUCAACCGCAUUCCCGUUCCGUGGGAGACAUGGCAGCAUACAGCUCAUGCCCACUUGGACCCAAGAGGAGAAUGACGAAGCUUGCUGGGCAUGGUGUAGGAAAGUAGACAAAAAACUUGCAAAGGAGUUCCAACGAAGAAAGAACGAGGAGGGAAUGGAUGAGACUACCAGAAGUAGUGUGGGGACGUACAUAAAUUAUGACGGUUUGCACAAGAGCCCGAAAGCCUUGUAUGGUGUGAAUUAUGAGAGACUCGUGGAGCUGAAGAAGAAAUAUGAUCCUGGAAAUGUCUUUAAGCGAUUUGUGGACCUGCUUUCUGGCGAAUAGUUGGAUGAAGAACAGUAGACUAAAAGAUUUAAUUCAAGACAUCUGG